GAUGCCGCCAUGCAGCACUACGGGGUGAAUGGCUACUCCCUGCAUGCCAUGAACUCGCUCAGCGCCAUGUAUAACCUGCACCAGCAGGCGGCCCAGCAGGCCCAGCACGCUCCGGACUACCGGCCAUCAGUGCACGCACUUACACUGGCUGAGCGCCUGGCUGACAUCAUCUUGGAGGCCCGCUAUGGCUCCCAGCACCGCAAACAACGUCGUAGCCGUACUGCGUUCACAGCUCAGCAGCUUGAGGCCCUGGAAAAGACCUUCCAGAAGACUCAUUACCCAGAUGUGGUGAUGCGUGAGAGACUGGCCAUGUGUACCAACUUGCCUGAGGCCCGGGUACAGGUGUGGUUCAAGAACCGCAGGGCCAAGUUCCGGAAGAAGCAGCGCAGCUUGCAGAAGGAACAGCUCCAGAAGCAGAAGGAGGCUGAAGGCUCCCAUGGGGAAGGCAAGACUGAGGCCCCAACCCCAGACCCCCAGCUGGAGAUGGAGCAGCCCCCCAGUCUGCCCAGUGGUGACCCCCCUGCCGAGCUUCACCUAAGCCUGUCAGAACAGUCGGCCAGUGAGUCAGCCCCUGAGGAUCAGCCAGACCGUGAGGAGGACCCCAGAGCUGGAGCUGAGGACCCCAAAGUUGAGAAGAGCCCUGGGGCUGAAAGCAAGUCUCUGGGCUGCAAGAGGGGCAGCCCCAAGGCAGAUUCCCCAGGCAGCCUGGCCCUAGCUUCUGCAGGCCCUGGGGGCAGCCUCCUGGGCCCCUCCCACUCCUACUCCUCAUCCCCACUGAGCCUCUUCCGUCUGCAGGAGCAGUUUCGCCAGCACAUGGCAGCAACCAACAACCUGGUGCACUACUCAUCUUUUGAAGUGGGGGGUCCAGCUCCUGCUGCUGCUGCUGCCGCUGCAGCUGCUGCUGUGCCCUACUUGGGUGUCAACAUGGCCCCGCUGGGCUCACUGCACUGCCAAUCCUACUACCAGUCCCUGUCAGCAGCUGCUGCUGCCCACCAGGGUGUGUGGGGGUCCCCACUGCUGCCUGCACCCCCUGCAAGCCUGGCACCUGCCUCAGCUGCCCUGAACAGUAAAACCACAAGCAUCGAGAACCUGCGGCUCCGGGCCAAGCAGCAUGCAGCUUCCCUGGGACUGGACACACUGCCCAACUGACUGACAGGCCUCCAACCCAGCCAGGGGUCUUAGGUGCCCCUUUCCCAGCCCCAUGAUUGUCCCCUGCCCAAGGCUCUCAAGAGUUAAAUUUGGGAGCCCAGAGAUCCUGGGCCCUGGAGUCUUUGCUCUGUCCCCCUUCCUCAGAACCCUGGCCCCAGGUGAACCCUACGUACUCUGUGCAUGGCCCUGUUUGGAUCCUGUAGAGGCCAAAUGAGGAGGAGAUGAGCAGCUGG